AUGAAGCCCAAGAAGAAACAAGCCCCAGUCUCCACCGAUACCGCCUCGAAACGAACCAUCUUCUCUGGCCGUGAUGGACUGGCCGCGUAUACCGUCGAUCCUGCUUCGUUCCCGAGCAGCCGUGUCAUAUACUACAAUGACAAGUUCACCGUGAUCAACGAUCUCUUCCCGAAAGCGCAAAUCCAUGUGCUUAUCCUCCCUCGAGACCCAAACAAGAACGUCCUUAGGCCGCAGGAGGCCUUCGAUGACCUUGAGUUUCUGAAAGAUUGCAGGGAGGAGCUGAAGAAGGUGAAAGAGAUGGUCGCAUCGGAAAUGCAAAGGAGGUUUGGGAAGUACUCGAAGACGGAGCAAGCGAGGAGACAAGCAAUGGAGUCGGAAGACCCUCCAGACGAACUCCCUCCCGGCCGCGACUGGUCCAAGGACGUGAUCUCCGGAAUCCACGCGAACCCAUCAAUGAGCCAUCUCCACAUCCAUUUGCUCAGCCGAGAUAUGUUCAGCGAGCCGAUGAAAAAGACGAAUCACUACCUGUCCUUCACUACGGACUUUUUCAUCGGACUGGACCAAUUUCCUCUACCUGCGAACGAUCAUCGACGAAACUACAAGCACUUCCCGGCAGACAUGCACUGUUGGAGAUGUGGGAAGAACUUCGGUAACAAGAUUUCCAAGCUCAAGGAUCAUCUGGCGGAGGAGUUCGAGGAGUGGAAGAAGGAAUGA